AUGAUUGCCCAAGCGACUGUGGUAUCGUACUUGCUCGCCAAGUCGACACCAAAACCGGUUCACGCCCCGAGAAAACCUCCCCCUACUCACGGAUCCACUUUGUGCACGUGGACCAAGUCACGCAAAUCCUUCGUGACUCGCUUCAUCAUUAGCCAACGGGGCCCCGUGAGCGCCGUGUUGAAAUUAAUCGAAAACUGGAGCCCGACAAAAACUAGUCGUCUCGCGAGCUUCGUUGUCGACAUGUUCUACACGGCCAUGGUCGACGUGGCCCACGAGCUCGGCGUCCCUUCGUACGUGUUCUACCCGAGCAGCGCCUCGAGCCUCGGCCUCUUUCUCUACCUCCAGGGACUUGCCGAUUUCGAAAAUCGAGACCUCAAGGAGUACAAGGAUUCGGACGAGGCCAUCUCGAUUUCCAUCCCCACGAAAUUCCAGGAGACGAAGGGUAUUAUAGUCAACACUUUUCUCGAACUCGAGCCGCACGCGGUUCGCGCGCUCGUGAAUCUCCCGUCGGUUUAUCUGGUGGGCCCCAUCAUCCAAUAUUCGAAUGACGACAAUAAAAAGCUCGACGAGAUCAUGAAAUGGCUCGACGAGAAACCCGACUCGUCGGUAGUGUUCCUCUGCUUCGGCAGCCGCGGGAGUUUCGAAGCGGAUCAGGAAAAAUUCGAGUUUCUGGGGGAGUUUGAGAAUGUGGGUGAGUUUUUGCCCGACGGGUUCUUGGAGCGGACUUCAAGGGUAGGGAAGGUGAUCGGGUGGUCCCCACAGGUGGCGGUGCUGGCCCACCGGGCAGUCAGGGGGUUUGUUUGGCACUGCAUGUGGAACUCGACGCUCGAGAGCGUGUGGUGUGGGGUGCCGAUGGCCGCGUGGCCGUUGGCUGCCGAGCAGCAGGCGAACGCGUUCCAGCUGACGACGGAGCUCGGAUUGCUGUUGAGAUUAAGAUUACAGGAGGGAUAG